CCGGUCAACCUCGAUCGGCCAUUACCUUACUCCCGGUCCUGUCCACGACCGCGCCGUCGCCGAUGGCGCAGCCCAAUCCCUCAUCCGUCCGAGUCCUCGUUCGUCCUCCCCAUCCCACCACCUCCAUCGCCCCUUCUCUCUCCUCUUCCAUCUCCUCCGUGACUUCCGCCGCCACCAGCAGCACCUCCACUUCACUUCCUUCGCCCCCUUCAUCCUCUCCUCCUCCUGAAGGCGUCGUUGUAGUGGGCUUCGUCGGCAGCAGAUCGAGCAUCGAGUCAACCCAUCUGAUCAACAGGAUCCUCGACGCGAACGUCUUCGGCAGCGGGAACCUCGACAAGGAUCUGUUCGCUUCUAGGCUCAAGUCGAGCAGGCGAGGAGAGGAAUGGUUCCGCCAUCGAAGGAUCAGCUACCACCACGAGAAGGAGAAAGGCGUCGUUUUUCUGCAGUUCUCCUCUUCUUUAUCGCAGUUGUCGCUGCCUUCUGCAUCUCGAAUAGUCGAAGGGGAAUAUGCGUCUGCUUCAGCUUUGGAGGAGUUGGAAGCUGAUGAUCUGCGUGGAAUGCUCUUCAUGUUCUCUGUCUGCCAUGUGAUCAUAUUUCUUCAUGAAGGUCUCCGAUUUGACACACAUAUCUUGAAAAGGUUCAGAAUACUCCAAAAUUCAAAACAUGCCUUAUCACCUUUCAUAAGAAGCAAAGUCGCCCCAACAUUGACAAACACCCCUUUGAACUCACACCCUACUGCUGCGCGAAUCACAUCCAUUCCUUCUCUCAGUAGACGUGGAGUCACAAGCCGUCAUGGUUCUUCUAUCUCUUUGAUGUCAGGUUCAGGUAGCAAUUCAUCUGUGCUGCCAGGACAGUGUACUCCAGUCAUUCUCUUUGUGUUUAUUGGUGACUUGCUUGAUGAGUCCAAUCAUUCCACCAUUUCUGAGGAAUCUGUUGAUGUCCCUUCUGUAGCUCAGCUUAGUAGUAAUGCUGGUGGAUUGCCAAAGCUUACUUCUAGUUCCAAAGGUUCUGGUCCUGUUGUUGUUUUGGCACGCCCGGCCAGUAAAACAGAAGGCGGUUUUAAAAAAAAGUUGCAAUCGUCACUGGAAACGCAACUUCGAUUUUUAAUAAAGCGAUGCCGUACAUUGGUUGGCACAGAACAUAGUAAUCAUGGCUCAAGAAAUGCCACUAGUCUGAGUACUCUACCUUUGUUUUUGUUUGAUUCAUCAAAGGUUGUCGCUAUGUUAGAUAGGUCUUUGAUCCGGAGAGGUGAAUCACUGGACAUCAUAACAGAUCUUAUUGAAGAUGCAUUUAACUCAAAAAGUACACUUGAUUUAAUCUCCCUUGAAGACCAUUGCCAGAAUGCAAAUAAUGACGAUAUUCAAGCAAUCAAGGACUUUUUAUACAGGCAGGUUGACACUAUCAGAGGAAGAGGAGGAUUGCAUAGUAAUGCAAGUAGUGGAACAGUUGCUGGUGUUGGAAUUGUAGCUGCUGCAGCAGCUGCUGCCGCUGCAUCAGCUGCAGCUGGAAAGACUCUUACUUCUCCUGAUCUUCCAAAUUUACAACACUGGCUGUCUCUGAGUAAUUUGAUCCUCGAUUCAUUGAUUUCUGUCGACGACAUCUUCCUUGAUGAAGAAGGCAAACUUAAGAAAUUAUCUCUUGAAAAAGGUGCAAAUGAGACAAAAGAAAAUGAGAUUUCUGUUGAAGAUAGGAAAGCUAUUUCAGCUGCUGUCUCUUGUUUGGAAAGUAGCAAAGGAUUAAACUUCAAAUUUUCUAUUUCUUGGUGCCAAAGAGCUCUUCCAGCUGCUAAGAAUGUUUAUUUAGAUGAAUUGCCUCCAUUUUAUCCAACUGCUUUGCAUAAGACCCAUUUGGAGAGGGCUUUGCGUGCAUUCAGUUCCAUGGUCAAAGGGCCAGCCACACUAACAUAUUCAAGGAAAUUGGAACAGGAGUGCACAGAAAUAUGGGAAUCCGGAAGACAACUCUGUGAUACUGUUAGUCUGACAGGAAAACCGUGCAUGCACCAAAGACAUGAUGACCAGAAACAACAUUCCAGUGGAUAUGUUUUCCUUCAUGCCUGUGCUUGUGGUCGAUCAAGACGUCUUCGUGAUGACCCCUUUGACUUUGAAAGUGCAAACAUCAAUUUCAGCUGUUUUGCUAAUUGUGAAGAUCUCCUCCCUUACCUUAUAUUACCUAGAGAUAUUCUUGUAGGUUCACUUCCUCAAAAUUCAUGGCGUUUGAUGCGUAUAGCAGGAGCAAGAUACUAUAAACCAUCAAAAGGCUUGCUUCAAAAUGGGUUCUCUUCCACGGAGAAGUACUUGUUGAAGUGGGAAAUUUCUCUUGAUAAACAGAAGGAAGUGAAUAGUUUGCCUUUAUCCAUGGCAGACAAGUCUUCUUCCACAGAUGUAAUGCCAGAGUCUAAGUUUUCAUUUAUUUCAGAUGAAGAAGCAAAGAAAAAUGAUGCUGAUCGGUUACAGCAGGAACCUAAAUCUGGAAGAUCAGAGAAUAUGGUGAAGAAAUUAGAGAUGGGACCCCUUAAUAAUUCAAGCAUUAGCUUUGGUAAAGGUUUACCAUCAUUUCCAGUGAAAAAACCUUUCUCUGAGGUUGUUGCAGGCACUAGUGGUGGAAAUCCUUUUCCAAGUCUUCAACAUAAAAAACCACCAAAAGCAAGUGCAGACACAUGUUUAGGAAAAGCAGCUGCAUCUGAACAAUUUAUUAAUCAAGUUUCUGUAGUGGGCAGCAGGGAAGGCCCUCAAAAAACUGAGCAUAGGGGCACACAGGGAAAUGUUCUUGGAUCAGCAACUAAUGAGCAAAUUGAUGAAAAUCCUGUUUUGCAGAUAGGGAGCAAUAUUGUGUCGGUAAAUUAUGGUGGUGAGAAGAUUUUUAGGGAUGAUUGUUCAAAGCAAGUCAACAUAUUUGUUGGCUUUGAGCACGAAUGUGCCUACGGCCAUCGGUUUCUAUUGUCUCUUGAUCACCUCCAAGAUCUUGAGUCUAAAUUUUCAGUGAAUGAAUUACAUUCUUCUGGUGAUGGUUCUGAGACAAAAACAGAAACGAGGAAUGGUUUGCGCAAGAAGGAUCCAGAAAACUCAAUGGCAACGGUUACUUUUGUAAAUAAUAUAAAGAGAACUAAUAGGUCUGCAGAAAGAUCAGAUAAAUCUAAUGGUCGACAUGGUAGUAUCACACUAUUAUCAAGGUCGGAAAAUGCAAGGUCGGAACCUGCAAAUGGACACCCAUUACCUGCUGGCUACCAGCAAAAGUUUGACAGAAAUAUUUCAUGUGUUAAGCUCGAUGAUGGGGCUUCUGCAUUUUCUCUUUUGAACAGGAAGCUGCCUGUGUAUAUGAACUGUCCUUACUGCAAAAGUUUGUCAAGCAAGGAUAAGAUGAAAAUCUCAGAUACUGUAUCACAGCUUCAGCGCAUUUUUUUAGUGACACCCAAAUUCCCCACCGUGUUAGGGACAUGCCCUGUAGUACAAUUUGAUGAUGCUUGUCUGCCUCCAUCUGUACCCAAUCGUGAGCAACAAACACGAUUCAGCUUUGGUUGUCAAGUCUUUCUUCCACCAGAGAGCUUCCUUACAUUAAAGCUCCCUUUUGUAUAUGGUGUUCGAAUGGAUAAUGGGUGUCUCCAACCACUCAACCCCCUAGUACAAAAGCCAGAAUUAACUGCAUGGCUUGUGGAAGGAACUGCUUUGCAAAUUAUCUCAUUGGGACAUGAAGAUGAUGAGAUGAUGAGAUGAUGCAAAAAAUUCAAGGAUGAUGCGUUGGCAACUUUUUCUCUGGAAUUAUGAAGUCUACAUGUUGACUUUUCAGCAUGUAGUUAAACAGGGGCAAAGUUAAGAUCUGGAGCUUAUCCAUGAAGAUUAUAUUUCUUAUGGGGAGGAGCUCUUACAUUCCAACUUCUGGUUUCUGAUGUGGCAGACUGUCUUCUACAUAGUAUGCUUCAUGUACUGUGGGCAUAUUAACAAUUUUUGGAUUCUCACCAUCCAUCUGUCCAAAAUGGUAUGAUCAAAGGCUUGGGCUCUCAAGUCUCAACUGCCACGAGGUUCAUCCAUAUAGAUCCUGCAGAUGAAUACUCUUGCCUUUUGCCUACUGCAACGAACUCCAACCUCUUAGAAAGUCACUUUUCCUAAAUCCAUAUCGAAUUCCAGAAUCAAUUUCAGAUUGCCUAUUGUCUCUUGUAAAUGAUGUUGGCCCUGUGACAGUGAAGGCAAGUCAACACUACUAUCACAUAGAAACAACUCCAACACUCAGUUUCAUUGCAACACAGAUAAAGAUCCCGACGAAUACACUGCCUAAAUCAGAUUCGAAUCUGUAAAGCUGGCUUUGGCCUUGGAGUUCAUGCAAGUGCAAAGGAUGUUAUAGCAUCUUCAAGUUGAUGUGGAUUCUGGUCUUCAUUUACGUGUGACGUUGGAAGAUGGAGACUUACUUUCUAGGACUAGGCACUCAUUCUUCAGCUCGAAUAGAUCGUUUUUCUGUGGGGUUGACUUUACAAGAGCAUGCAACGUUCAAUUAGUUGACUUCGUUGUUAAAAUGUCUGUUACACGUUCGUUUUUUCAACUUUUAUCGAAUAUUAAUAUAAGUUCAUUACGUACUUGAAUCUCAA